CCACAUCUGCAGCCAUGCCUCAGUCCUGGUCCCCCCUGUGCGUCCUGGGGCUGCUCGCGCUCUCCUCCGCCUGCUACAUCCAGAACUGCCCCCGAGGAGGCAAGAGGGCGCUGCCGGACACCGCGGUCAGACAGUGCAUGUCCUGUGGCCCUGGAGACAGGGGCCACUGCUUCGGCCCCAGCAUCUGCUGUGGGGAGGGUCUGGGCUGCCUGCUGGGCUCCCCAGAAGCAGCUCACUGCGUGGAGGAGAACUACCUGCUGACCCCCUGCCAGGCAGGAGGGAGACCCUGCGGCUCUGAGGGGGGACGCUGCGCUGCUCCAGGACUCUGCUGCAACUCGGAGAGCUGUGUGGUGGACUCUGACUGCCAGCCCGAGGAGAAUCUCUCAGAUCUGGCUCAUAGCUCUGUGAGGAGCUCCCCUACAGAGCUGCUGCUGCGUCUGCUGCAUGUGGCCACAAGAGGACAGAAUGAGUACUGA